ACGACGGGUCGGCGCGCCGCAAUUUUUGCAACGAUCGCGUUCCUGAAAAAUACCCAAAACACACACGCACACGCAGAGAUAUAAAAAAAAGUAUAAAAUAAAAAUCAAAGGCAGAAGAUAUCAUCGUCCUGCUGUUGCGAGCAGCCGUAGACUCCUGAAGUGCAACCAUCAAUCCAGAUCCGGAGCAGCUGAAAAGCCUAAUGGAGGCGCUGAAAAGGCAAUCGCCUUUGAUUUAUACUUAAGCGAAUGCCGGACGGAUUUGUGCGCCAAAAUAAAAUAUUCGCGCAGAUUUCGCCUGAAGUCCGCCCGACUUAAAGUCGCUUUCAGCGGAAGGUUAAAAGAAGAUAGAAAGAUAGAGAGUGGUUUUAAUCUAAACAUUAGAUUUAGGAAGAUCAACCGAGGACCCGGGCAGAGGCAUGAGGGGCCGUCCUAAAUGAGCGAAACGAGAGAUUAGCACUUAUGGAAAGUGUUGACAAGAAACGUUGGCGAAUCUUGAGGCGCGCGAGCGAUCAACAUUUCACCAAUCCGAAUGCAAUAUAAACACCACCCAGAACUGAAAACAAUCUGGCCCGUCUAUUGAACCCGAUCAUCAUCAUCAUCAUCACAGUCAUCAACAUCGCCAUCAUCAUUAUCAACAUAACAAAUCGCGUGUGUCGUGUACGAAUCUGAGUGAUAAGAAAAGUGCGUUGUUUCGCAAUAGAUUCCAUAUAUCUGUACUAUAUAAUUAGUUGCAUCAGAAUGCACCAUCACCAGCCGGAGUACAGCCAACCCCCUGCGGGUUUGGAUGCAGCAGCCUCGACUAUCCACCAAAGCGACUGUUGCUAUCCAACGGAAGCCUGGAACUACAACAAUUCUGGAGUCACUCCCAUGAAGCAGAUAGAAGCCUGCCUUCAAAUUGCCAGCAAGGAUCGCAGGGCCUACUCCCCGUUAAGCCACGCCGAUUCCGCCAUCCUCGAAGACACAGAGGACAAUAACAAUAGGACGAAUAAAGGCAAAAACCAGCAUUCCAACAUUUCUUCGAGUCCAGCUUUAAACGCGGCUAAUGCCAUACUGGAGAUGAAGCCGCUAUGGGAUGAGUUUCACACUUUGGGAACGGAAAUGAUCGUGACUAAAGCGGGACGACGGAUGUUCCCCACGUUUCAGGUCAGAUUGUGCGGAUUGGAUCCGAUGGCAGAGUAUAUGCUUAUGAUGGACUUUGUUCCCGUCGACGACAAGCGUUACAGAUAUGCUUUCCACAGUUCCAGUUGGGUCGUAGCCGGAAAAGCGGAUCCCGUUUCACCGCCGAGGAUCCACGUGCAUCCAGACAGUCCCGCUACCGGGUCUCAAUGGAUGAAACAGGUCAUCAGCUUCGACAAACUGAAGCUAACAAACAACCAAAUGGACGAUAACGGACAUAUCAUCUUAAAUUCGAUGCAUCGCUAUCAACCAAGAUUCCACGUGGUUUUCCUUCCACCAAAAAAUUGCCAAGAGGAAACGGAUAACAAUUUCAAAACCUUCGUUUUCACCGAAACCGCCUUCACAGCUGUCACCGCUUACCAGAAUCACAGGAUAACUCAAUUGAAGAUUGCGAGCAACCCAUUUGCCAAAGGUUUCCGAGAUUGCGAUCCAGACGACGGGGAUGUUAAUUUGGUGCAGCAGCAGCAACAACAACAACAACAGCAGCACCAACAAAGUAGUCCAAAAGCAAAGACUCCCAGAACGACACCUACUUUAACGAAAGAUGAUGAGGUCCCUAUUCAGAUCCAGCACCAGCAGCAACAUCAUCAGCAGCAAACGCAACAGCAACAGCAGCAACAUCCACAAACACAGGAUCCGAACCGGUACGCUCCUUCGCUACUGAAUCCUCUGGGGACGAUUUCGCAGCCGUAUUCUGGGGAGCUGUGCAACUACGGCCCAGUUUAUCAUCCCCACAACCUUCUGCACAGCUACAAUCCGGUUUAUGGAAACGACAAGACGCUGAGGAUGAACCAGUUCGGAAGGAGCGUUUACUCCAACUAUCCGCACAGUUUCUACGGUGGAAACAAUUUGCGCGGUACCCAAAACGGAUACGACUUCAACAGAUAACGACCAUCCGGAAUCACAGAACUGAACCAAUUGGUGCCUUCUAUUAAUAUUAUAAUUUUUUUUUUUUUUGCAACAAUUUUCAAAUAGAGUUAACUUAUUCAUUCUCUGAAUGUAGCCGCAAAUCACCUCAUUCACAAUCAAGUAUUUCGUUUCCAUGGACGACUGAAACAAAAAGCUUUUUCAUCAUUGCCUUCUUGAUUAUCCGAAAUAACCUUAGAUUAAACCUAAAAGAGAGAAAGAGAUGAACUUUACAUUAUAUUACCUAGACUUAGCGGAAAGAGAAAUAAUAUAUUUAUUAAACGGAAUAUUUU